AUGGUACAUUUAUUGGUAAAAUCAAGUCCAUUACUUAUAUUUAUAUUUUUGUAUUUAUUUUAUUUGUUAUUAUCUAAAUAUAGAGCAUCUGAGUAUCCUGUUAUUUCUACAAGUUUAGGUAAAAUACAAGGAAAAUAUUUUACAUUAAAAAAUAAUGAUAUUGCAUGCCUUUUUUAUGGUAUACCAUUUGCUGAACCACCAAUAAAUGAAAGAAGAUUUAAAAAACCUUUUAAAAAAGUACCAUGGAAUGGGAUAUUAAAGGCUGAUAAAAAUCCAAAAGCAUGUGUUCCACAUAUUAAUAUUACUAAAAAAUCUACCAAUUUUUCGGAAGAUUGCCUUUUUAUAAAUAUUAUAACACCUAGUGUAGAAAAAAAUAAACUUUUUCCUGUUGUUUUAUGGAUUCAUGGUGGUGGUUAUUCAAUUGGAAGUAGUUUAUUUAAUAAUAUUGAUGAGAUAUCAAAUGUUUUUAUAUCAAAUAAAAUUAUAUUUGUGACACUUCAAUAUAGACUUGGUCCAUUAGGUUUUUGGGAUCAGGCAAUGGCAUUAAGUUUUAUUUAUCAUGAAAUUGAAAAAUUUGGUGGUGAUAAAAAUAAAAUUACAAUUAUUGGUGGUAGUGCAGGUGGUGCUUCAGCUGGUUCUUUAUCAAUUAGUCCAAUUACUUAUCAUAUGAUUGAUAAAAUUAUUGAAUUAAGUGGAAGUUUUUUAUCAAAAUGGUCAAAUUUUGAUGUUGAUGUAUUGGAGGAAAAUUCAAAAAAAUUUAUUGAUAAACUUUCAUGUACAAAUAAUGUUUUAGAAACAACAAUUAAUUGUUUACAAAACAAAAGUUUAACUAAAAUAUUGGAAGUAUCUGAAAAUAUAUAUAAAAAUUUUAAUACCCUUCAUUUUGGUUCAUUUGGCUCAACUAUUAAUGGGGAAUUUUUUUCUGGAGGAGUAAUUAAUAAUGUUGAAAAAUCAAAAGACAUUAUAUCAUUGACAUCACUAAUGUCAGAGGAAGCUGGAUAUUUUACUAUACUUAAAAAGGCAAAAAGUAUAAAUAAAAUGAUGUUAAAUAAUAAUACUAUAAAAUACUUAAAUGAAAGUAUUUUAUCUAAUUUCAUAGAUGAAAAGAUAUUGAAAGAUACUUUUUAUAUUACUGACAUUGAAAUAAGAAAGAAAUUAAUUGAAAAAAUAUUAAAUUUUUAUCUUUAUAAAAAUUUUAAUAUUAAAAAAAUUAAUGAUACAAAAGUUUUUUUUACUGUUUAUACUAAGAUACUGUCAGAUGUUAAAUUUAAUUUACCAUCAAUAAAAUUAGCCAUACUUCGCAAUAAAUUUAUGCAUAAUAAUUAUUUUUCCUAUCUUUCAUACUACAAUCCUAAUUGGAAUACCAUCAACAGGCCAAUUUAUUUCAACCAAAAAUGA